AAUGGUGAAGAUGAAAGAAAUUGCGUGUAUAAAAAAGAGUGCGAUUUGCGAUGGAAUAAGAAAUUGCAUUGAUUAUUCAGAUGAGGAUUGCAAUGGAAACAACUGCAAAGAUAACGAGAUAUUUUGCGAUAGAAAAUGUGUAGGUAUGGAAUAUCAGUGCGAUUUAAGGCCCGAUUGUCAAGGAUUUGAAGAUGAAAAGUAUUCAAUAUGUAAACGAUACCCUGGUUAUAUUUUGGUCUUUAAGAAAUUUUCAACCUAUAAAUCAUGCCAAAUAUUUGCCAAGUAUUUCGAUGUUCAGGCGUCAAAAUAUGACAAAAAGUGCCAUUUAAGAUACAAUUCCAUUGGUGACCUAUUAACGAAGGUUCACUAUCCAUUCCAAGAUCUAUUCUUCUGUUAUACAACACACUGUAAUAUUGGAGAAUACCAAUGUUACGGAGUGAAUUUUUGUAUUCCUAUGAAAAAUGUCUGCGACGGAGAGAAACAUUGCGAUUACGGUGACGAUGAAGAUUUCUGCACCAUUGGUAAGAAGUGA